AUGGCAGCGGAGUCCUCAAACGACAGAAGCCGCAACGAUCCCUUUACUGACAUAUAUACUGCUUAUUCGCAAGUAACUGAUACUACGGCUAAUGAUAUUGACCUUCGACAGUAUCCGCUAAGCUGGAAAACUGCCAAAAUAUACAUCAGCGCAUCGAUCGGGGGACUUCUGUUUGGGUACGACGGAGGCACCAUUGCUGGGGUUUUGAUGUCAUUACGGCCCCAGGAUUUGGGAUUAAAAGAAUUGAAGGAUUACCAAAAAGGUUUCAUCACCGGAACCGCAGGUCUUGGCGCCUUUAUUGGUUCCAUAUGCGCGUUCCCGUUGGCUGACCGUUUGGGCCGCAAACGCACAAUUGGCCUUUGCUCCAUGCUUUUUGCAAUUGCAGCAAUUGACAUGGCGUCUGCGCAAUCACUUCCCGCUCUAGUCGCAGGCCGACUCCUCUUGGGAAUAGCUGUGGGAAUCGCGGCGCAGUGCAUACCAAUAUAUCUGAGUGAGGUUUCCCCAAGUUCGGCGAGGGGAACAAUUUUGGCCCUUAAUACCCUUGCUAUUACCAGUGGUCAAUUAUUCUCAUGUGUACUUUCAUGGUUUAUACACAACCACACAGGUGGAUGGAGAAUACUUUUUGCAUUAGGUGGGCUACCAGCCGUAGUACUACUUUUACUUGUCAACUCGCUACCGGAGUCUCCAAGAUGGCUGCUGUUUACUGGAAAUCCGCGAGCAGCUCAAGAAUCACUACAUGUUAUCUAUCCCAAAGCAUCCAAGAUCGAAAUAGUUAACAAAUUGGUAAGUUUUGUGAACAAUAUGUCGAGCAUAAGCACCAAUGAAGAAGAAUCAGCGCCUCUUCUACGCUCAUCUUAUUCAGCGCGUAAUGAUUCCUUUGACAUAGAAGCUUUGAUCUCAGAAACUACGAGUAAUAUGGCUGGAGCAACAGCGCAACGUGGUGGACGUACUAAGAUGGACCCAAGAACACGCCGAGCCCUUAUAGUGGGUUGCGUUCUCAUGUUCUUCCAACAGUCGACGGGCUUCAAUGCAUUUGUUUACUACUCGCCUUUCAUUUUCUCAAAAAUUGGCGUCGAAGACCCACUUUUACCAGCGGUGGCUGUAGCUUCCAUUAACUUUCUCUUCACCAUCGUUGCAAUGUAUGUUGUCGACCGAUCAGGAAGGCGAAGUGUUCUCCUUCACACUAUUUGGAUAAUGACUCUUGGACUAAUUGUCAGCACGGUUGGAUUCCAAUACAAGGUUCCCGCUACCUUUUUGGCAGCAUUGUUGGUAUACGUGGCGGCCUAUGCAGUUGGAAUGGGCGCCAUUCCAUGGAUGAGCGUUGAAUUUUUGCCCUUGAAUCAGAGGUCGUUUGGGGCUUCUUGUAUUACGUGUACCAACUGGCUUACCAACUCGGCAUUAUCAAUUUCCUUCCUUCCGUUGGUCAGAGGAUUCGGUAACGAGUGCACAAUGACUCUAUUUACCGUGAUGACUGCUCUGAAUUGGUGUUUCGUUUACUUUUGGUAUCCUGAAGUCAAGGGAUUAUCUCUAGAAGAGAUCGGACAAGUUUUCGAGAAUGGAAUAGAUGUUCACUACGUGUAUAGAAAGUAUCACUAA